CGGUCUUUGGAAUAAGAUCUGCAUCUGAGCAUUAUCGUACUACAGGCUACUCUUACAUUCCUUCCUUGUUUGUCCCCAUCUCGAACGAACUCUUUGACAAACACAUGGGGUCUUCACAGUCUGCUCAUGCCAUCAACGAAGGAGAAGACGAUGAAGAAGAAGAAGAGGAGGAAAGCGAAGACGGAGGAGAAGAAGACGGCCAUGGCGGAUCCAACAGAAGAGAAAUUGAUAACCACCUCGUGAAGAAGGUUCUCGAGCAGGAGCCCGAGAUGCUUCCCUGCCACGCCUCCGCUUCUCCUCUCUCCCCUCAGCUCUCCUCUCUCGGAACCCCCAGGCUCGGUCCCUCCAUCAAGGUCUGGGACCCUUACAACGUCCUCGCUCCGCCUCCGCCUCCGCCUCCGCCGCUUCUCCCGCCGCCUAUCUUCUCCCGCAUCUCCGCCGCCGACGAUCAUCGCGCCGCCGCCGUGACGGAGGUUUACCUCAUCAGCCACGGCGAGUGCGAUCUCAAUCUCAGGCCUGAUCUGAUCGGAGGGAGGUGCCAUGUGUCCGCCCUCACCGCCGACGGCAAACGCCAGGCCAGGGCCCUCGCCGUGUUCUUCAAUUCUCAAGGGGUUCGAUUCAACUCCGUGUACUCUUCGCCUCUCGACCGAGCUAGAUCCAUGGCGGUUUCCGUUUGCCAGGAAAUGAUUUUUCCAGAGGAGCAUAUACAGUCCUCGGAUGCGCUUGCUGAGAUGAGUAUGGGGGAAUGGGAAGGAGGCCAUCGGUCCGAAAUCUAUACGCCCGAAACUCUGAGCUUAAUCGAAAGAUGUCAGCCCGAUUUCUCACCGCCGUCCGGGGAAUCACUCAGGCAGGUGGAAUUCCGAAUGGUUCAGUUCUUGAACGGGACAGUGGUAGGACUUGCAGAGAAGCUCAGGUCAGAGCUCCCUUCCGCAUCCGUUAACGAGCGAGACGGGUCUUUUCCACCGCCCACGUGGGAUUUGCUUCACAGGCAUCGUCCAAGCCUUACAAGGAAGAAAUCCGGUAAGAGCCGACUCCAGGUGAUGACUAUGACCGGUAAUCACGAGGUUGAUGAUGAGAUGUCCCCGAGGGAAGUUAAUCAUCACAAUGACAUUGGUGAUAUAAACAUCAGCAGGAGUUCCCCUUCCCCGUUCUCAACCUGCGUCGGGGUUUUCACCCACUCGUUGCCAAUCAAAUGUCUUCUGACCGGCGUCAUCGGUUGCAGCCCGAUAAUGUCUCAUAAGAUCUGCAUAGAGGAUUCCUCUGUGACCGUGCUCCAGCAUUCGUGGAAAACCGGUUGGCAGAUAAAACGGCUGAACGAUACUGCUCAUCUUAGAUUGUUAUAGAGUGAGAUUCUUUACUAUCUAACGCUCGAGAGCAAGAAGCCGGUAAUGCUUUUGUUGGCCUCUCUUAUAUGCCUAUUUCCAUAUUUACCAGUUACCGCCCCAAAAGCCGGGGAAAAGGAAAAGGAAAAGGAAAGGAUACAUUUAGUUUUGAUCUUUGGUCGUUUCUGGUUUUGGUUUGAUCCUUUGAAUUUGCAAAAGCCUGAUUAUAGAUGUGAAGUAGAUGACAGAUUCCUGCAGGAAAAGAGAAAAGAAGUAUUGCAUCCGGGAUUGUUACCGUAUAAUUCAUCUCGACACCUACCUUCUCUGAUAUCUGUGGCUGAAUCUGAAUGAGAUCACAUGGAUGGAGCAA